AUGAUUCAACAGGCGGAUUCUCCGCCCCGUGGUGCGGUGCUGAUGCCAGGGGAGACUCACCCGCCAGACAAGGGGACGCUACAGAACGGCUGUCAUGACGACCACAGGGCCAGCAGCAACAAGGACGCCUCGUCCCUCAGGUGUCCCCCGGGGGGUCCCGUGGGCUGCGGCCCCAGGAUGGUCAACGGGCUGCUGACCCCGCACGCGGAGCAGGCCCUGACCAACAGCCAGACGUCCCUGUGCGAGAUGCUGCAGGAGAAGGAGAAGAAGUGGGGCACGGUGGGCGCCGUGGCCAUGGGCGCCGGCAUGGACCACUCAGCCCUCAUCCCCCUGCGCUCCAAGAACUUCCGGGAGAGGAGCGACGCCCACUUUGUGGACGUCAUCAAGGAGGACAGUCUGAUGAAGGACUACUUCUUCAAACCUCCCAUCCACAAGCUGAGCCACACCUUCCUGGAGAAGACUCUGGAGUCAGCUUACAGGACCAGCUACCAGGAGGAGGUGGAGACCGGGGCGGCAGUCCAGACGCUGGCCAGCCCCACCUUCAGCUCCUUCCUGGACAUGCUGCUCUGCUUCUCCGUCUUCCUGGCGCUCACCCUCGCCUGCUUCCUGCCCCCGCUGCUCUCCCAGCGGCCCCUGCUGCAGGCCCCGCCCGUGCCCGCCGUGCCCCUGGCGGCCGGCGCCGCCCUGCUGGAGACGCUGGCCCUGGCCCUGUCCAUACGAGUGGCGUUCCGCCUGGACAGUGAUCUGGCCUGCACUAAGACCCUGCUGAGGGCCAUCUCUGGCUGGAUCCCCCGCCACCUGACGGGGGCGGUGCUGGUGUCCCUGCCCGCCAUGUCUGUGUUCUCUCACGUCACCUGCGACAUGCACCUGUCCAUCCAGUUCACCAUGUUCACCUGCUGUGCCGUCAUCAUCGCCAUCAUCCAGUACUGCAACUUCUGCCAGCUGAGCUGCUGGAUGCGUUCUGUUCUGGCCACUGUGGUGGGCCUGCUCCUGCUGGCCCUGCUGUUCAGCACCCCCUGCAGUGUUGCCAGCAGUUUGUUUUUCUGGUCAAACGGUCCAACCAACAGCAGCGACAACACCACCGCUCCCCUGCAGGACCCCGGGCCCCGCCCCCGAGACCUGAUUGGCCCCGAGGCCUGCGUGGCCUUCUUCCUCCUCCUCCUCCUCGUCUGGUUCCUCAACCGCGAGUACGAGGUCAGCUACCGUCUGCAUUACCACGGCAACGUGGAGGCCGACCAGCACCGCAUCAAGAUCCAGAACAUGCGCGACCAGGCCGACUGGCUGCUGCGCAACAUCAUCCCCAUCCACGUCGCCGAGCAACUGAAGGUGACGCAGAGCUACUCCAAAAACCACAACGACGUGGGCGUGAUCUUCGCCAGCAUCGUCAACUUCAGCGAGUUCUACGAGGAGAGCUACGAGGGGGGCAAGGAGUGCUACCGCGUCCUCAACGAGCUCAUCGGCGACUUCGACGAGCUGCUCCGCAAGCCCGCCUUCUCCAACAUCGAGAAGAUCAAGACCAUCGGCGCCACCUACAUGGCCGCGGCCGGCCUCAACGCGCAGCAGUGCGCCGAGGCCGCCCACCCGCACGCCCACCUGAGGGCGCUGUUCGACUUCGCCCUGGAGAUGAUGCGCGUGGUGGACGACUUCAACAAGAACAUGCUGGGCUUCGGCUUCAAGCUGAGGAUCGGGUUCAACCACGGGCCGCUGACGGCGGGGGUCAUCGGCACCACCAAGCUGCUGUACGACAUCUGGGGCGACACGGUCAACAUCGCCAGCCGCAUGGACACCACGGGGGUGGAGUGCCGCGUCCAGGUGAGCGAGGAGAGCUACGGCGUCCUGAGCGCCAUGGACUACGACUUCAACUACCGCGGCACGGUCAACGUCAAGGGCAAAGGUCAGAUGAAGACCUUCCUGUUCCCCAAGAGCGCCGACAGCGGGCCCGUGCCGCAGUACCAGCUGUCCGUCUCCCCGGAGAUCCGGGUGCAGGUGGACGGCAGCAUCGGGCGCUCCCCGACCGACGAGAUCGGCAACGUGUUGCCGGCUGUGCCGGCUGUGCAUGCGACGGGUGGCACAGCGCCCGGCGCCGCCCCCCUCGCCAGCCCUGGGACGGGCGCGGGGCCGCUGGGGCAGGAGAGGGCAGGGGCGGGGUCAAGAGACGCCCCGGAGAGACGUCUGUCCGCGGACGCUCCUGCCAGACGAUCGUCCCACGCCGGCCUGGCGUCUCUGCCAAUCACCAGUCUGCCUGAACCGGCUCCUCCCUCUACGAACAUCAAGCCACCAAUCCCUGCAGUCUCUCCCUCCGUCCAACCUAUCUCUGCCCAGAAUGCUACAGCUGUAUCAGGGAAGGGAGCGAAAAAAGAUGUCGGUGAUGAUGAUGAUGAUGAUGAUGAUGAUGAUGAAGACAUUAUUGGCGAGCUAACCAAACUCUGAGAUUUAGCUACGAUAGCGCUUUGUUCCUUAUUAGCCUUCUGUCCUUUAAGUGUGGCCUGGCUGGAGUACCCAUAGCUGGGAGCUUAUUAGAGUGGCCUACAGGUUAGGGUUAUGCCACCUGACCUUAACUAAGACCUUUAAUGUUUGCUAUUUUUCUCCAUCUUAGUUGUUUUUCACUAUUAUUUUCGAUUAAGUGCCUUUAGCAUAGAACAAAAUGUAGUCUGGCAGUUUCCGGAAGGCGAAUCCGGAAGAGCUGGAAAGCGAGACGGUUUUAGAGAGCAAGCGCUAAAGUCUCGUGUCAGAUUUCUUUUUCUUCCCCUUGCCUAGCUGUUAGAAUGUUACGACAGUGUUACUUCGACCUUCCGGAUUUUUAAACGAGGAGCUUAACACGAGCUGCAAUGAAAAACUCCAAUCCAACAAUCUGGAGUUAACGAAACGGUGUAAGAAUGCAGAGUAUCAAGCAAGAUGUAUGCCAAGAGAUGACAAUGCUCACUAGUCCAACUUAGAGAGUUGGACUAGUGAGCACACACACACACACACACACACACACACACACACACACACACACACACACACACACACACACACACACACACAGCUAGUACUGCGUCAUGGCUUUUCCCUGCAUGGCCUUAAAGGUUCCAGGCUUAACUGUUACUAGCUAUCCAGAAACUGCACUGACCUUGUAGAACGCAAACAAAACCAUUUGGAAGUACCACAACAUGAUAACAGUAUGUAUAAAAGUCAAAAAUUGUGUGUGUAUAUGUGUGUGUGUAUAUGUGUGUGUGUGUGUGUGAGAGAGAGAGAGAGAGAGAGAGAGAGAGAGAGAGAGAGAGAGAGAGAGAGAGAGAGAGAGAGAGAGAGAGAGAGAGAGAGAGAGAGAGAGAGAGAGAGAGAGAGAGAGAGAGAGAGAGAGAGAGAGAGAGAGAGAGAGAGAGUGAGAGAGUAUCAACAUACAGUGUCCUGUGGAGCGAUUCCUAUGAGUUGCCAUUCUGAGCUGAUGAAAGAAUGGAGGAUGACAGAGUUUUUGGAGUGUAAUCAAGAAAUAAUGAAAUCCCUCUCUGCUGAUGUGGCAGCUUUCCUCCCAGCCCUGGUUAGGACCUUUGUCUUAACACAGUCGUGUGGAAUCUCAGCCCAAGCUAGACCCAGCAUGAUCCCUCACAAACAGAGUAUGAUGCUAACCACUAACGAUACACCUUAGUCUAUGUGUCCUCUAGGUAAUCUCUUGGCAAUGUAAACUGUAGUUACCUCAGAGAUGUUUUAGACGUAUCUCAAAAAGGCACUGUCAAGCUGCUUUAGCCAGCAUGUAAUGCAGCGAAAACCUAGAGUGUUUAGAGUUGGUUAGAGGUCAUAACUACAGACAGGUAUUUUUUUUUGAUAUACAGAACUUUUUGAGUUUGGGAUGAGCUGUCUCUAAGUGACAUCAGUGGGGAACAUGAAUGGAAGUUAAAUGUACUCUUUAUACAUCGGAUUCUCCAUGGUAGAAAUGUCAUUGUGCCGUGCAUUAGAUCACAGUAGCCCCUCCAGGCCUUCGAGGAAAGUUCCUGAAGGACUUUACAUGUUUGCAGGGUUUGUUUUCAGUGCCGCCAACCGUAUUCUGAUAAAGCUAAACUCAUUCUGUCAUUGCUGACGGUUUUUCUUGCUGUAUUCGGAUUUGAUAUUAUUUUUGAUCAUGUCAUUUGAUUGAGUUGUUUUGGUCAAUCGUAGAGUGUUCGUCCAGAUAACCGGGGUAUGCCUUGGGGUUAGGUCAUGUUCUCAGGGUUGUGUGCUCAGGGGCAAGACGAAUAUCGUACCAAUUGAUGUUCUUUCCACCUCAGUGUCUUGAUAUGUUACAUGCUUUCUGUCAUCAAAUACAAAAAUAUUAUAUUUCUGUCUGAAAUACAUCAGUACUAAAAAUGGUUUUGUUCAUAAAAUAUAAUGACAAAACAUUGUGGAAGAACCACGCAGAUACCUUUACAAAAGCGUUCAUAAAGAUGUGCCAUAGCAGUCCCGGUUUGCCACUGUAGGAUCUUUUCUACAGGUUAUGGGUUUCCUUGUGUGUUAUGCAAGAGUUAGUGCCUUUCCAGUCAUGUAAUGAUAACCUUGCAUAAGCAGCCAUCAAGAGCAUGUUAACCGAAUUACCAUGUGUCGGUUCUAAAUGUUUUGUCAUGCUUUAUUUCACCGAUUUUGUACAGUUGCUGUGCAAUUCGUAUAGAUGAAUGUAUGGUACAGUGUAUCCAUGCUCAGAUUGAUUUCACGUUUUACACGAGUCGUGCCUUUCCUUAAUACGUCCCAUUCUGAGCAAAUAUUCCAAAUAAUUUGAUUGAUUGAUGACAUUGAUCACGUGCUGUGCUAGUUAGACACCAGUUUGCACGUUUUCACACUAUGACGAGGCAAGUAAACAAAAUCUUACGUCCAGAUAUUCUGUAAUGGAUGGAAUCACCUAAAUGGGGCUAAGCCACUUCAAGUGCAAUAAUACAUCAAACUUAAGGGCAUAAUUUUCAAAGAAAACAUUUUCAUUGUUUGCAAUAGUGAGCACACAACCCUCUGAACUUUUCAUGUACUUCUAUAAAGGGAAUUUGUUUUAUAGGAAUAUUUCAAAACAUGUUGUUUUGGUUUUGUAAGUGUUACCUUGCACACUAUCAAGAUCAAGGAAAUACAGCUCUGUUUUUUAAUCUGCUUUUUUAGAAGGGCAGACAUACAUAUCUUUUCAUAAAACAUUUGAAAAGCUACACUAUUUUGUAUCAACAUGAAUUUGACAUAUCGUUAUUUUAUUUUUUACUUGUAAAGAGUUAGAGUGGUUUGUGAUUGAGUCUCGUGAAAGAGCUUCUCUCUUCGCCUUCACACUCGACCAAACAUAGCUUUGUUUUUAAUUAGGAACUUGCCUUCACUGCAAAUAUGACAACCAACUAAUAAUGGAUUUGAGAUACUAUCGUUGAUAUUGUUCAGACUAACAGAAUGGCACAUUGGGUAUAAAUCUCUGACGCCAAAGAGUGUCCAUGAUUUGGUUCAAUCUACGUUUUGCUUUAUAUCCUUUUGGCUUACAGUAGUUUUUGUGCUUUUCAUCGAGGAUGGGAGGCACCCUCCCUGUUUCCUAUGUCAAAAUUUGCACAACCCACACUCUGUCUGUACAUACUGUAUGCAUUUAUAUUGUAUAGAGUCUGAACAUUUAUUUUUGAUUAUUAUUUAUACAUGUGCAUGUGCCAGAUUGUAAUAGUAUGAAGACAGUUGACAAAUGAGGGAAAAUGUAAGAACUGUGCUGGAAUAUUUUCUGUGUACUGUCUGCCUGCAUGUAUGUAUGUUCCUGUAUGAGUGUUUGUGAAGAAUGUGUUUGUGAUAAAUAAGGGAAUCUUGACCCACAGUAGAAAUGAUUGUGGAAUUUGGGCUGCAGAGUACCCUGCUCCUUUGGCAAGUUAAUUUAAGACCCAUAAGGAUAUUGGUGUCAAACGGGCACACACACACACACACACACACACGCACACACGCACGCACGCACGCACGCCGAUACCACAUCUAGACCGAUCACGUCUGGGUAUACCCAUGCUAAGGAAAAGACGCUCUGCAACAUAUAUGUUAAAGUCUCACAAUUUAUUUCAAUAAUAUACAACCAGAUUCUAACUGGUAAAUAUUUGGCCUCCUUAGCACUGUCUUUUGUAUAUAGCACGUUGUGUUUUUGAAGGCGGUAUGAAAAUGAAGGUUGAAAAAUCCAAUAAAAAGAUUUUUGGA